CGCAGCUGUCCCCUGCUUCCCGCUGGUUGCAGAAGGUCCAGACAGGCAAAAGCACCGGGGGGUGGGGUGAACUUCUCAAGGAGAGUGUAGGGGCAUGGAUCUAGGGUCCUGGGGGCCCCGGCCACCCCCUACUUUCUGCUAGGGUCUGGGGACUGACUUGAGCAGGCGCUGGACCCCAAGAGGGACCCCACGCCACUGCUCUGCAGUCUACAGAGCUUUUCUGAAGUUUUGCUUUGGUGGGGGGGCAGGAAGAGGGAGAAGACCUUGCUAGAAGCUGGAGCUCAGAAAUGGUCACUGCUGGUGGGGCGGGGGGGAGGACUCCAAGCUUGUCAUGAGGCAUGGUACUUGGGGAGUUGUUGAGGGGGGUGGUGGCUAGAGGGGAAGGACAUACAAGGCAGUCGGAAGCAAGAUGACAAACACCUUGAUGUCGAUUUGUCCAAGAAGAGGUGGUGAUCAAAGCGGGGGUGGUCAGGGAGCUCUGAUUGGUCGGAGGGAGGGGUUUGGGGUGGGGCUAGCCACCUCUCGAGGCUUUAAAAGCUCAUCGGAGAGGGCGGGAUGCUGUCAUUCCUUCUCUGACUCUCGAAGUGGAAGGCACGCUUUCUCGGAGCUCCUGGUGACAGAGCAGGUGUUUUGUAUCCAGACCGGGCUACCGAUCCUGAGCACGCUGGAGGUCUUCACCGUCUCCGGGGAAGCCAUGGGGCCCACCCUGGCGGUUCCCACCCCAUACGGCUGUAUUGGUUGUAAACUGCCUCAGCCAGACUACCCGCCAGCUCUGGUCAUCUUUAUGUUCUGUGCGAUGGUCAUCACCAUCGUUGUAGACCUGAUCGGCAAUUCCAUGGUCAUCUUGGCCGUAUCAAAGAAUAAGAAGCUCCGCAAUUCUGGCAACGUCUUCGUGGUCAGCCUCUCCUUGGCGGACAUGCUGGUGGCCAUCUACCCCUACCCUCUGAUGCUUCAUGCCAUGGCCAUUGGGGGCUGGGAUCUGAGCCAGCUCCAGUGUCAGAUGGUUGGGUUUGUCACAGGGCUCAGCGUGGUUGGCUCUAUCUUCAAUAUCAUGGCCAUCGCCAUCAACCGCUACUGCUACAUCUGUCACAGCCUCCAGUACGAACAGCUCUUCAGUGUGCGCAAAACUUGCAUCUACCUGGUCGUCACCUGGAUCAUGACUGUCAUGGCCGUUCUGCCCAACAUGUACAUAGGCACCAUCCAGUACGACCCUCGCACUUACACUUGCAUCUUCAACUACGUGAACAACCCUGUCUUCGCCGUAACCAUCGUCUGCAUCCACUUCGUCCUCCCCCUGCUCAUUGUAGGCUUCUGCUACAUCAGGAUCUGGACCAGGGUGCUGGCAGCCCGGGCUGCAGCUGGACAGAGCCCUGACAACCAGCUGGCUGAGGUGCGCAAUUUCCUAACCAUGUUUGUCAUCUUCCUCCUCUUUGCAGUGUGCUGGUGCCCCAUCAACGUGCUCACUGUCCUGGUAGCUGUUGGCCCGAAGGGGAUGGCAGAAAAGAUCCCCAACUGGCUGUAUCUUACUGCGUACUUCAUAGCCUACUUCAAUAGCUGCCUCAAUGCUAUGAUCUACGGGCUACUCAAUGAGAAUUUCCGAAGAGAAUACUGGAUCAUCUUUCAUGCAGUGCGGCACCCUGCCCUCUUCUUCUCUGGCCUCAUCACUGACAUUGGUGAGACUCAGGAAGCCCAUGCCCUGGCCCAUGCCCGUGCCCAAGCCCGAGACCAAGCCUGUGAGCAAGACCUCACCUGUCCUGCUGUGGAUGAAACAGUAAUGAGUGUCUGGAAUGUUCCACUCCCCGGUGACACUGCAGCUGGCCAGCCUGACUGUGCCUCUGGCCUCCCCAAGUUGGUCUCUGGACACUCCAAGCCUGCACUGGGCCACAGGUUUGCUUCGGGCCACCCCGAGUCUGCCACUGUCUACCCUAAGCCUCCCUGUGUCCACUUUAGGGCUGGUUCUGUCCACUUUAAGCCUGCCUCUGGCCACCACCUCACCGCUGGCAGUCACUCCGAGACUGUCUUCAGCCCUGCCACCAGCCACCCCAAACCCACCGCUGGCCACAUCAAGCUUGCUACCAGCCUCUCUGAGCUCACUGCUGCUGACUACCCUGAGUCUGCCACCACCACCAUCCCUGAGCCCACCACCACUGGCCACCUUGAGAUCACCACUCCCUGCCACCCUGAGACCACCACCAGCACCGGCCACCUUGAGUCUGACAUCACUGAGCCUGCUUCCAGCUUUGCCAGUGGAUCCCUCGAGUCUGCUGCCAGCCACCUGGAGCCUGCCAUUGCUGCUGGUCUUCCUGAGACUGUGGUGGUUGAUAUUGAAGCUGAUUACGAUGAAGUGGCUGUGUAA